UUUCACGUUGAAGAACUAGCAACCAUGCCCGUACAUAGACUGUAUAUACUUCUUUAUGCAUAUUCUUUAUACAGUCUGUGCCCGUAUUUUGCGCACCACAUGGUUGUAAGAAAAGAACCGACGCAGAAUUGGGGGGGGGACGCGCAUGGGGGACCUACCUACCCAAGAUGGCUGCCGGCUAGUUAAACCUAUCCACCACAAGGAAGUGAAGCAUUAAAAACUGGGUAUAUAAGAGUGAGCAAAACAAAACUUAUCCAGUCUGUCUUAGAAACCUCGGUUCGACAACAUCCUCAAUCAGCAUUCUACGAGGGAGAAAAAGGUUCACUCUGUAAAACAAGUUAAUAACUGUUCAAAAUGAGCGACGCUGUUUUCUCCUAUGAGAGUUUGGUUCACGCUUUGUCUGGAGCAAUGGUGGGUUAUCAUCACUUUCACUAUUUAACGCAGUUACUGACCGUGUAAUGGCAAUAUUUAUCGGAAAGUUCGAAGUUUAUUCGCUAUGAAUCGCACACAGAAAGCUUCAUUCAUUAUUUCACUUCACCUGAUGUGUUAGAGCGACACGAUUUUUUAUACAUCUUAACAAGACUUUCCUGCAGUAAUCACUACAAAACAAGCUGUUAUCACUGCCGAAUUGAUGUCUGCAAUCAAGUUAUUAAAAAAAAAAAGUCUGUCUGGCUGUUGUAUUUUUCCCAUGAGUUGCAUGCUUGUUUGUCUUUUAAUUAUCAAAGUUUUCAUUGGUGUUCCGUCUUGGGUUUGUGUCGUAGCAUUGUACUGAUUGCAGCCUUGUUUUAGGGAAGUGUGACUGCUAUGACAGUGUUCUUCCCUCUUGAUACUGCAAGGCUCAGGCUUCAAGGUAAGAAAACACGAUGAUGCAGCAAUAUUAGGCAUUUUAAAAUGUAUUACAAUGUAAAACAGUGCGCUACAUUUGGCUUGUUGUGUUGUGUUUGUGAUUAGUGGAUGAAAAUAGGAAGGCCAAAUCAACUCCCGCCAUCCUGACAGAAAUCAUCAAAGAAGAAGGACUGUGAGUGAAAAAUGUGAAGAGACAAGACUUGAUAUGAUAUCUUGUCAGCGUUUUUGAAUCACAUGCAUAAUGGAUCAAGUUUUUUACCCUCAUAAAGCAUGUCAUGCAAACAAUGAAUUCCACAGUUUUGCUUGAACGUAAUUUUGCAACAUACUGAAUUAUCAUGGUGACUCAUACAGUUUCACUUUCAGUCCUGGCUACAGUUUUACAGAGAAAGAUACUCUAAGAUAUGUUUCUCUUCCUUCAGAUUGGCCCCGUAUAGAGGUUGGUUCCCAGUCAUCUGCAGCCUGUGCUGCUCCAACUUUGUCUAUUUUUACUGCUUCCACAGUCUUAAAGCUGCCUGGCUGAAAGGGAAACAAUCAGCACCCACCUCAGAUUUACUCAUAGGCAUUGCUGCAGGUAAGAGAGUCCAGAUCACAAGAGCUCUAUUUAUUAGAAGGACAUAUUUUUCACACUUUCAUUCAUAUUUGUUAACCCUGCAUGACUGUUGAUAGAUGUAGACAUAACCCACAGAUUUUGUCAUGGUUUUGGUCUGAUUUCUAGGUGUAAUAAAUGUAUUGGUUACCACUCCUUUGUGGGUGGUCAACACCAGGCUGAAGCUCCAAGGGUCCAAGUUUCGCAAUGCUGAAAUUCGUCCCACUAACUACUCUGGCAUUCUGGGUAAACGGUGAUAGUGUAAUCUGAUUGUACAGUGCAUUCAGAAAGUAUUUAUACCACUUCACUUUUUCCAAUUUUUUUUAUGUUACAGCCUUAUUCCAAAAUGGAUUAAAUUCCCUUUUUCCCUCUAAAAUUCUACACAAAAUACCCCAUAAUGACAAAGCGAAAAACUUUUUUUAGAUCAUUUUGCAAAUUUAUUAAAAAUAAGAACACUCAAAUGUUGCAUAUACAUAUGUAUUCACACCCUUUACUCAAUACUUGGUCGAAGCACCUUUGGCAGCGAUUACAGCCUCCAGUCUUCUUGUGUAUGAUGCAACAAGCUUGGCACACCUGGAUUUGGGGAGUUUUUCCCAUUCUUCCUUGCACAUCCUCUCAAGCUCAGUGAGGUUGGAUGGGCAGCAGCGGUGCACAGCUACUUUCAGGUCUUUCCAAAGAUGUUCAAUUGGGUUCAGGUUUGGGCUCUGGCUGGGCCACUCAAGGACAUUGAGAGACUUGUCCUGAAGCCAUUCCUUUGUCUUCAUGGCUGUGUGCUUAGGGUCAUUGUCAUGCUGGAAGAUGAAGCGUCGCCCCAGUCAAAGGUCUUGAGCGCUCUGGAGCAGGUCUGUGAGUCCUUCAGGUGCCUUUUAACAAAGUCUAAGCGGGCUGUGCUUUUUACUGAGGAGUGGCUUCUGUCUGGCCACUCUACCAUAAAUGCCUGACUGGUGGAGUGCUGCAGAGAUGGUGGUCCUUCUGUAGGGUUCUCCCAUCUCCGCAGAGGAACGCUGGAGCUCUGUCAGAGUGACCAUUGGGUUCUUGGUCACCUCCCUGACCAAGGCCCUUCUCCCCCGCUUGCUCAUUUUGGCUGGGUGGCCAGCUCUAGGAAGAGUCCUGGUGGUUCCAAACGUCUUCCAUUUCUUAAUGAUGGAAACCACUGUGCUUUUUGGGAUCUUCAAUGCAGCAGAUAUUUUUCUGUAACCUUCCCCAGAUCUGUGCACCGAUACAACCCUGUUUUGGAGGUCUACAGACAAUUCUUUCGACUUCAUGGCUUGGUUUGUGCUCUGACGUGCUCUAUCAGCUGUGGGAUCUUAUAUAGACAGGUGUGGCUUUCCAAAUCAUGUCCAAUCAGCUGAAUUUGCCACAAGUGGACUGCAAUCAAGUUGGAGGAACAUUUCAAGGCUGAUCAGUGGAAACAAGAUGCACCUGAGCUCAAUUUUGAGUUUUAUAGCAAAGGGUGUGAAUACUUAUGUAUAUGCAACAUUUGAAUGUCUUAUUUUUAAUAAAUUUGCUAAAUGUUCUAAGUAAAGUUUUUCGCUUUGUCAUUACGGGGUAUUUUGGGUAGAAUUUUUGAGAGAAAAAAGGAAUUUAAUCCAUUUUGGAAUAAGGCUGUAACAUAACAAAAUGUGGAAAAAGUGAAGUGGUAUGAAUACAUCUAUAUCUAGCCUUUUCUUUGGGUUAUUUCUGUUUUAUUUUUUGCAGAUGCAUUCAUGCAGAUCAUCCAUGAUGAGGGUGUAGGGGCAUUGUGGAACGGGACCUUCCCAUCUCUUCUGCUGGUGCUGAACCCGGGCAUACAGUUUAUGAUUUAUGAAGGCCUGAAGAGGCAGCUGAGGAGAGGGGUUCCCAGGGAGGUGAGUGGGGUGAAAGAGGUAAAAGUGUUCACAAAACUCAGAGAUAAAAGUAGGAUGACUAAUAUAAGUUAUAAUACUCUUUUAUAAUGUAUUACAUAGUUUGUCACAGUUUUCAAAUACCCGAAAUUCAGUAUAAUGUAGUUAUUGCUAGCUUGGCUAACGCUUAGGACAAUCAGUCUUAGUUGAGAGUCUCAAAAGUUGACAAACAACAGGAUAUCGACAUCGUGAACAAAGUUUUUUUCCACUUAUCCGGGUCCGGAUAAGCCCAGACAGCCCUUACCCCAGCCACUUCCACCAGCUCCUCAGGGGAGAUUCCCAGGCGCUCCCAGGCCAGGCGCGAGAUAUAAUCCCUUCACCUGGUCCUGGGCUGGCCACGAGAUCUCCUUCCAGUGGGACAUGUCCGGAACACCUCUAGCAGGAGGUGUCCAGAAGGGGUCCUAACCAGAUGCCCGAGCCACCUCAGCUGACUCCUCUCGACGUGGAGGAGCAGUGGUUCUACUCUGAGUGCCUCCCGAGUGUCCGAGCUCCUUACCCUAUCGCUAAGGCUGAGCCCAGCCACCCUGUGAAGGAAACCCAUUUCUGCCACAUGUAUCUGCAAUCACGUUCUUUUGGUCAUUACCCAAAGAGCAUGACCAUAAGUGAGGGUCGGCAAGUAGAUCGACCAGUAAAUCGAGAGGCUCACCUUACGGCUCAGCUCUUCUUCUCCAAGACGGAUCGGUUAAUCGUCCGCAUCACUGCUGACGCUGCUCCGAUCCGCCUGCCAAUCUCCCGCUCCAUCCUACCCUCAUUCGUGGACAAGAUCCCGAGAUACUUGAACUCCUCCACUUGAGGCAAGACUUCCCCUCCGACCUGGAGAAGGCAAUCUACCUUUUUCCAACUGAGGACCAUGGCCUUGGAGGUGCUUAUUUGCAUCCCAGCUGUUUCACACUCGGCUGCAAACCGCCCCAGCAGCAGCUGAAGAUCAUUGCAAGACGAAGCUAGAAGAACCACAUCAUCCGCAAAAAGCAGCAACGCGAUCCUCUGCCUGCUGAACUGGACACGCUCCACCCCCUGGCUGUGCCUAGAAAUUAUGUCCUUAAAGGUAAUGAACAGAACCAGUGACAAAGGGCAGCCCUGACGGAGUCCAACUCUCACUGGAAACAAGUCUGACUUAUAACCAGCUACAUGGACCAAGGUCGUGCUCCUUUGGUGAAGGGAUUGGACAGCCCUUAGUAAGGAACCAUCCACCCCGUACUCCCGGAGCACCACCCACAGGAUUCCUUUAGGGACACAGUCGUAGGCCUUCUCCAAGGCCUAUACCGGGCUCUUGAAAAUCUGCGUAUAUUGUCUGCUCUUCUCGGUGGUCACUUGCUGAGCGGCGACGCCUGGUCAAUCCGGACCGAGCUCUUCCAGCUUUAGUUAGCCCUGCAGAGUUCUCCUCUCAUACGGCACCUACUUGAUGGACAGCGUAGCAUUCUCCGGUAAAUUGCUCAGUAGGGGUUUUGCGGUAGGCAUUCCCACGUCCUCUGUUAUUAGCAGCCAAGUGCAGAGUGAGGGGCGGACUGGCUCCAAGUAGAGCAGCUAGCUACGUCAGACGCACAUUGUAAUUAUGCGUCUGUUUGUGGCCAAUCUGGUUAUGAACGUGCUUAUGUCAUUCAAAUUAGAAUGCUGGGGCGCUCGUCCCAGGCGCCCCUUAAGGAUUUUUUUAUGUGGCUAGGAUAAGCUAACUUUUUAAUGCAGAACUGUGAUCUGAGCAUGCGCGAGGGAGCAGAAAGCUUGGGCGCUGGCCUGUGGCACCCCUAACGCUAAUGCACAACUGUGAUCUGAGCAUGCGUGAGACAAGAGGAGUUCCGAGUCCGCCCCGGCGCUGAGUGGAGAGAUCGCUAACGGACUGAAAUAGACAGUUAAUGGAAUGAUUAAUAUAAUAGUGCCAUUUCCUUACUUUGAGAAUAAUUUUCAGGGAGACAGCAGACAUCUCUUUCUGCUCAUGCAACUCAGGUGGGUCUCCGCCCGCAGCGCCCUUAUAUACUGGCCGCCACUGUUCCCUAUAUAUUUUUACUAGAAGGUGGGUCAGUGGCUAAUAAAUGAUAAAAACUAAUAUUAGUACUUUUGUGUAAUACAGAGAGUAAUCGCAUAAAGAAGCGUGCUUGUUUUUUUCUUUCACAGUACCCCAUCAUCUGGUCACACAUGAUAUGCAGAGACUUCAGUGACUCUGAUCACAUGAAUGUUAAGUGAGUUGUACCCUGAACAUGUGCCCAAUAUCAUUGUAAAAAUUUUCUCCAUCUUUUUUUUCUGUAGCUUUCAUCUUUGGAGGUCUUCAUCAUUGGGGCGGUUGCCAAAGCUGUUGCCACCACAGUUACAUACCCACUACAGACCAUACAGUCUAUUCUGAGGGUAGGUUUCAUGUCCACAGUUUGUCUUUCCCUCUUAGACUUUGUUUGUGUAUGUACUUACAUGCUUAAAGAUUGAUUUUGUUUAUUCUCCUGAUAGAGAUUUUCCUUUUUUUAAAUUUAAGUAUGUUUUACAAGCCAUAUAUGAAAGUAUACCACAUUUGCUGUAACAGUCCCUCACUUUUAAAAAUCCUUACAGUUUGGUCAAUUCAAUGAGUCACAAGAAAGGUCCAGACUGCUGUCCAGUCUGCGGACCAUCAAGUGUCUGUUGGCCAACAGAGUGAGGUGAGUGCACACACAAGCAAAGGAUUUAUUUAUUUAUUUAUCUAGUUAGUUAUUUUGAGUGAGUUUAUUUAAAUGUAGAAAGAAGAUUUUUUUAGUAGAGUUUUAAAGCGCAUAUGUAGCUAUUAAAAAUGAUCAUGGAUAAAAUGAAAUGGUGUCAGAGUUAAUGGCAACAGAAAUGUGAUCUUCUUUUUGUAAAUUCAUAUAAAGAAAAUAGCCAGUUAUUCUCACUGUCAGACUGUCGUUCAGUCACCUUAACUCAUUCAGUGCCAGGUUCAUUUAUGCAAUUUUGUGUUUAGUUAUUGCCUGGUCAAUGCAGCGUAGUCGUCAUCUUUGCCGAUCUGGAAAAAUAAACCUCGGAAAAACACAUUUUUACAAAGGAGAGACUUUCAAGUAGAACUCUGAUCAUCUAUUUCAUUUCACUUCAAACUACUUUACUGGUGGCAUCAAGGUCCUCCCUCUUCGGACACCACUCCUCAUCACUCUCGAGAUCUGAUUGUCAUAGGUUACUUUGUGACAGCUGGGAGUCGUAUUGGCUGUCGAGAACCUGAUGCCGCAACAUAAACCACACGGACUGCUCGCAUUCUCCUCGCUGGGACUGUUGCUAAAUUCCAGCUCAGUCUCGCUCACUAGUACCGACACCGGCAGGACAAUGACACACGUAAAAUUGUCUCUUUGAUUCUUUGAUUCUGGAUCCAGAGACAGUAGCAUCGGCGCCCACUAGAACCGAUGCACUGAGACCGUUUGCUCCUGGCUAAUGACUUCGGCAUUUUUCUACUCUCCUCAUAGAGAAAAAACACUCCACAACUAGGCUAAUGGGCACACUUGAUGGCACACUUCUCACUGGCGAGAACUCGGUUUUUGAUAUUGUAACAUGGUUAUGACAUAUUUGUCGGCUUUUCUGUGUAGAGAACAACCCCAAACUUAGUUGCAUGUUGGGGAGGAGCACCCUCUGGCGGAAAACAAAAAAAUUAAAAAUCCGUCAAAAUCUGUCAAUGGCAGUCAGGGCAAAUAAAAAAAAUCCAUCCAAAUUUAUCAUUGGCACUGAAUAAGUUAAAAAAGAAUAGUCCGUAACCGAGACAACGCAUCGCCCUUAUAUCAGAAACUCCCGACAAAUUAGGUAGAUAAGCAUACGAGGGCUGCAUCUAACAAUUAUUGUCAUAAUCGAUUUUUCGAUUAAUUGAUAAUUCAUAGACAAAAACAUUUUUAAUUUCCUUCUCUUUAUUUCAAAAAGGAACAUCUGAAUUGGCAGAGCAAAUGAGUGCACAAAAACAGGUUGCUCCUUGAAUGUUCUGUUACAAUAAUAUGAAACAAUGAUAAUGAUAAUAAUAAUGAUAAUAAACAUAAUACUCAUAAUUUUUAAAAUAAAUAUAUUUGUAAAAUAGCUUUCAGUCAAGACAGCUGGUUGCUGUAGUGUGCAUGAUGUCUUUCCCACCAUGAAGCCCGUCAUUGUUGGCUGUUCUUGUCUGGAAUAGAAUAGAAUAGAAUAGAAUAGAAUAGAAUAUUCCUUUAUUGAUCCCCCAUGGGGGAAAUUUUUUUGUCACAGCAGCAUCACAGACAAAGAGUGCAAAAAUGCAGUUAUAAAAAUAAAGAUCCUAAUAUUAAGAACUUAAAUAAAUGUAAUAAUUAAGAAAAAAUGUAGAAAAAAGAAAAAGGGAGAAGAAAAAUAAAACUAUCUACAAUAUACACAAUUUACACAUACACAAAAAGUGGUGGUGUGUGUCCAGCUAUUAUUACAGUUCGUUGUAAAGUCUUAUUGCAGAGGGGAGGAAUGACCUGCAGUAGCGCUCCGUCUUGCAAAGUGGAAGUCUCAGUCUGCUGCUGAAGGAGCUGCUUAAAGCCCCCACAGUCUGGUGCAGUGGGUGAGAGGGAUUGUCCAUGAUGGAUACAAGCUUUGCUAACAUCCUCCUCUCACCCACCUCCUCCAGGGAGUCCAAAGAACAGUCCAGGACAGAACUGGCCCUCCUGACCAGUCUAUUCAGUCUCUUCCUGUCCCUCUCAGUGCUCCCUGCCCCCCAGCAGACCACUGCAUAGAAAAGUGCAGAUGCUACCACAGAGUCAUAGAAAGUCCUGAGCAGAGUUCUGCACACUCCAAAAGACCUCAGUCUCCUCAGCAGAUAGAGAUGACUUUGGCCCUUCUUGUACAGUACGUCUGUGUUGGUUGACCAGUCCAGUUUAUUGAUGAGGUGGACACCCAGGAAUCUGUAGGACUCCACCAUCUUGAUGUCCAGACCCUGGAUGUUCACUGGAACAGUCUGAGGUGUCCUCCUCCUGCGGAAAUCCACAACCAUCUCCUUUGUCUUACUGGCAUUGAGCUGGAGGUGGUUUGUGCCACACCAGUUUACAAAGACAGUGAUGACAGUCCUGUAUUCCCGCUCAUCCCCUGACAAUAUACAUCCGACGAUGGCUGUCAUCAGAGAACUUCUGGAGGUGACGGCUCCCAGAGUUGUAGCUGAAGUCCGAGGAGUACAGGGUGAAGAGGAAGGGGGAGAGCACUGUCCCCUAUGGAGCCCCCGUGAUGCAGACCAUCAUGUCCGAUACACAGUUCUGAAGCCUCACAAACUGUGGUCUGUCAGUGAGGUAGUCCACGGUCCAUGCGGCUAGGUGACAGUCCACUCCCGCCCUCUUGAGCUUCCCCCUGAGCAGUGAAGGUUGGAUGGUGUUGAAAGCACUGGAGAAGUCAAAAAAUAUGACCCUCACAGUGCUGCCGGUGUUCACCAAGUGGGCCAUGGACCUCUGCAGCAGGUAGAUGACUGCGUCGUCCACCCCGAUGUUCGGCUGGUAUGCAAACUGCAGAGGAUCCAGAUGAGAGCUCACCAGGGGGAGUAGGUUCCUCAGCACAAUCCUCUCCAGAGUCUUCAUCAGGUGAGAAGUGAGGGUCACAGGUCUGAAGUGGUUGGGCUCCCUGGGGUGUGCUGUCUUGGGGACAGGAAUCACGCAGGAAGUCUUCCACGGUGUUGGGACCCUCUCCAGACUCAGGCUGAAACUGAAGAUGUGCAGUAGCACCUCACAGAGCUGGUCUGCACAGUCCUUCAGGAGUCUGAAGCUGAUGCCGUCAGGACCCGUGGCUUUCCUUGGCUUCAUCUUCCUCAGCUCACUUCUCACCUGGUCAGCUGUUAUGGAGAGGCUGGGGGUGGUGCUGGAGGGGGUGGUGGAGGAUGAGUGGAGGGGGGUUGAUGAUGCCGGUGCCAUGGGACUGAGGUGGUGUGAAGAAGAAGCAGCAGACGGGUCGUUGGUUUGAUGAGUCGGGGUAGGAGUGGGAGCAGAGUCAAAUCUAUUGAAGAACAGAUUCAGCUCGUUGGCCCACUCCCUGUCUCCUGCUUCAGGUCCACUCUCAUGGCCCCUGCUAUGACCUGAGAUGAAUUUCAGGCCUCUCCAGACCUCCCUUGCGUUGUUCUGUCGCAGAAGUUUUUCCAUCUUGGUCUUGUAGCUGGCCUUUCCAUCUCUGAUCUUCUUCUUCAGCUCCUUCUGCACCCUCCUGAGCUCCUCCUUGUCCCCAGAUUUAAAGACCCUCCUGUUCUCCUUCAGGAGGACUUUAAGUUCCGGGGUCACCCAGGGUUUGCUGUUGGAGAAACACCGUACUUUCCUGGUGGGUACGGUGUUCUCAACACAGAAGUUUAUAUAGUCCGUGAUACAGUCUGUCAUGGUGUCGAUGUCAUCACCAUGUGGGCUGCACAGUACAUCCCAGUCUGUGGUCUCAAAACAGUCCUGCAGCACCUCAGUGGCCUCCUCAGACCACCUCUUAACAUACCUGAUGGUGGGGGGUUGUUUCUUCACCAUAGGUAUCUAAAGGGGUGCAGUCUCGCCAGGUUGUGAUCUGAGCGGCCCAGCUGGGGGAGGGGGGAGGAGGGGUAUGCAUCCUUGGUGUUUGCGUACAGCAAGUCCAAAGUUUUAUUGUCUCUUUUUGGGCAGUUUACAUACUGGCUGAAGGUAGGGAGAGUGGAGGAGAGUGAUGCAUGAUUAAAGUCUCCAGAGAUGAUGAUCAGAGACUGAGGGUGUGAUGUUUGUAGCUUGGACACUUCACUAUGGAGGAGUUCACAGGCUGCAGCAGCAUCAGCCGAGGGGGGGAUGUACACAGUUAACACGAUGAUGUGUGAAAACUCCCUCGGCAGGUAAUAUGGCCGCAAACUCACAGCCAGCAGCUCAAUGUCCUUAGAGCAUCGCUGCUCUUUAACACUGAUGUGCCCAGCAUUACACCAUCUCUCAUUCACAUACACCGCUAUCCCGCCUCCUUUCUUCUUACCACUCACCCUCACGCUCCGGUCCGCUCUGACGAGGUGAAAUCCAGUUACGAGCAGCUCCGGAGUGAGUUCAUUCAGCCAUGACUCCGUGAACAUCAUGAGGCUGCACUCACGGUACUCCCACGGCAGCCUAGUCAGCGCUGUGAGCUCUUCCAUCUUGUUAGGGAGAGACCUCACAUUUCCCAUGAUGAUGGACAGGACAGUUGGUUUAUAACAUCUCUGCUUUGCCCGAUGCUGAACUCCAGCCCUGCAUCCUCUUCUUCUCCUGCGGAGCUUAGCGGGGGUGUCCGGUCUCUCCCACGAAGGUGGCCGGGCUUGGCGCAGCGCCAACUGUUGACGGCUGUUCACGGCUGUAAACAAUGGGGCCGCUGAACGGGUCGCCGGACGCAGACUUAAAAACUCCGAAAAGUAAAAGAAAACAAAGUGCUAGAGUCAUGAAAUGCACAUCCAUGGUUGGAAUAUGCAAGACACAACACUGCUAAAUAAAAAGAAAGACAAAUAAGGUGCAAAAAACAGCAAUAAGAAGGCAAAAACAUAAAGUCUGUGAGAAGCUGCUGUGACUUGCUUCCACUCUCAGGGCGCUCAGUCACAAAGACAAAUGAGAUUGAAAGUAUAGUUUGAUUAUGUAUUAUGGCACAGUUUUCAACAACUCAAUAAAUUCCUUGUUUUCUUUGCAGUAUCAGGUUAAGGCAAGCAAGUAGCAAUUAAACACAACACACACACACAUACAGUAUGUUGUAUUCCUGUGUAUACACCUUAAUCCCUGCCUAAAUGCAGUUUAGGCAGGGAUUAAAAAACCCAGCCCUGGCUCACUAGUCAGGUGUAAAUGUGACUUGACCCCAAAACGAUUCUAACAAAAGGUUUCUCAGCUGUUUUUAUAGUAUUAGAUGUCCUGAAUAACAUACUAAAAGUUUACCAAAGUUUGACCACUAGAAAGGUGCAAUUUUUAAAAUGGCAUCCAUGAUGGGUAGGAAUCGCAGGGGAGAUACCCCAGGUGAAUAGGAUGAAAUUUUUAACUAACAGAUAUCACCAUGAAACUUGCCAAGUUUAUAACUUAUAAUGAGACAAAUAUUUUUGUCAGAUGUUAUGUAUCUUCUUCUUCUGUGUCUUCUACUUGGGAACAACCUGCCAAAGAAGAUAGGGCGUGCAGAGACAGUCGCUUCUUUCAAGUCAAAUUUUAAAAUGGCCUUUAAUUCUGUUUUAACUGAGCUUUUUGUUUUUAUGUGUUGUUAUUACCAUGUGCUGACAUUCUGUGCUUUAUGACUAUUUGUCAAAGGACUUUGUAAACUUCUGUUUUUAAAAGUGCUGUAGAAAUAUUAUUAUUAUUAUUAUUAUUAUUAUUUCUAUUAUUAUGUUAGAGCUGAUAAAUUCUGAAUUGUGCUAUGGCUCGAAAGUAAGCGGUAAACAACUCCAGGCCUUUGCAUGUGCAGUGCUGCUAAUGACAUGAGAUGGCCUUAUAUACCGUGGGAAUACAAUUCAACUUCAGCGUUUAUUAUGGAAUCAGCUGCAUUUUUAGUUACGUUCAUUGUAUUCUUCAGUAAUCUACCUUUAGUGGUAUUAGGCAUUAAAAUGAACAAGAAAUUGAAGAAAACAAGGGUAUUCUAAUCAUAUUUUCCAUGACUGUAUAUUUUUUUCUGUGAAGAAGCUCUGUUGACAUUAACGCUUGACAUUCAAUUAUGACUGUGCGUAAAGGUGUUUUUUGUGAAAGACUUGUUGUCUUUUCACGUAAUAUUUCCUACAAGUGUUUUUUUGUUUUGUUUUUUUAUUUCUACCCACACUCACGCAUCUCUUUGAUUAUUCUUUCAAACCUGGUUGUCUCCACAGAAACUCUGGUAUGUGGGGUCUGUUUAAAGGCCUGGAAGCAAAGCUGCUGCAGACAGUGCUGACUGCUGCCCUCAUGUUUCUUCUCUAUGAGAAAAUCGCCAGCUGCACCUUCAGAGUCAUGGGAAUGAGCAACCACUACAAGAAACGCUAACUGGGAACAGAACACAGAAAAAAAGGACUUUUGAACACUGAAGCACUAACUGAAUGCAACAAUCACUGCUUAAAGACCUCAUACUGAGGACUUCACCUUCCUGGAAAUGUAUUCUUCUUGUAACAAUACAUUCAACCUUUAAAACAUUGCAAACUUUGAAUAAACUACUGCUUUUAUCUGCUGUUAAAUUUAAUUUAAAAAAAAAAGUGACAGUUA